AUGGAAGAGGCCAUCCGUAAGUUGAGCCGCCUCUCAAUGAACAAGGCAAAGCUCAUAAAGCCGUUGGCAGACACACCAGAAGCGUACACAGACAGCCGGUUCGAUCUCGUCGACGUUUCAUCGCCAAUCCAUUGGAUGGUCCCUCUUGAUCACUACAAAUCCGUCGCCCACGACUUUCUCUGCGUCGACGUCCCUGGGCUUCCAACUACGACUGCCGAGCUCUCUACGCAGCCAGUGCCUCCCUUCAUUCAGGGGCUCUCUGCGUCUCUCGCCGACGAGGACGUGCAGUUUCUCGCCAGCAAGGGCGUCUUUUCACUGCCAGACCAGAAGCUACGGAAUGCACUGCUCAAGACAUUCGUCCACCACGUCCAUCCCUAUCUUCCGGUGUUGGAUCUCCCAGUCUUCCUCGAAGCCAUCGCAAACAAUGAUGGGCACACACAAGUCAGCCUCCUCCUCUUCCACGCGGUCAUGUUCUCGAGUAUCGCCUUUGUCGAUCCCACGCAUAUCCACCGCGCUGGAUACACAUCUCGAAAGGCCGCGCGCCAGGAAUUCUUCAGCAAAGCACGGCUGCUAUACGACCUCGACGCCGAACGAGACCGGAUCGUCUUAAUCCAGUCCGUCCUGCUCAUGACGUACUGGCACGAGACCCCCGACGACCCCAAAGACUUCCGGCACUGGCUCGAAAUCGCCCUAUCACAAGCAACUAUUGUCGCCUUCCCCAACUCCUCCGAAUGGGCCAGCGGAGGCACCCAGCCAGGGUUGUGGAAACGAAUCUGGUGGUGCAUGUACACUCGGGAUCGACUGAAUGCUUUGAACCUCCGCCGCGAACCGAUUAUUAGUGACGCCGACUUUACUGUCCCCUACCCGACGCUCUCGGACUUUGACAUUCAGCGGUAUCCCAGCAGCGUCACCCGGAUGCUCGGAGGCUGUGAGGUCCUGCGGCGUCUCGACUAUCAGCAGCAGCUGGCGCAAAUGUUUAUCGAAAAGGCCAAGUUCUGCUGCGCCAUUAGUGAGAUUAUACUUAGCAUUGCAAAUGCGUCGACGCUCAGCCCGGAGGAGCUUACACGGUAUAUCCAGGCGCUGGAGGACUGGCAGGAUAACCUCCCCUCGCAUAUACAGUAUUGCGCGCCGACAGGAAAUCUAUCCGAGGGCGAGCGGACGCUAUUUGCGUAUCGCGCCUGGCUCAAGAUGCUCUUCCUCGCAGCGUCGGGCGCUCUACAUCGCCAGAGCCCUCAACGACUCACUCACGUCGACGCCGAUACCGACCAUCAAGAAUCACAAACCCAGGCCCCAGAAACAGGCCUCCACUCGGUAACCCGCUCCAUCGCCGGCGUCGCUGAAGGCCUCCACCAGCUUGACCUCGUCCACUGCCUCCCAACAACAACCGUCGGCCUCCUGAUGCCCGUCCUCGCAACGCACUUUAUGAACAUCCGCUCGGAAACGCCCGACCUGUGGCGCAACGCCUUUCAGUCGCUGUACCAGUGCCUGAAGGUGCUGGAGAAGCUGGGGGAAGUGUACAUGCUGGCCGAGUCGAUGGCGACAUUCUUCCAGGCGGCGAUUUGCGGGGAUGCCGAUGCGGGCGAUCCUGCGCGUGGCGGGCCCAUCCCUGGCCGUUCGGGGCUGGAGAGGGACUUUCUGGAGAGGAUCCUGACAAGUGCGGAGAUGGAGACGUUUGCGCAGCUUGUCGGGGAAAGAGAAGCAGCGCUGGCGGUGUGA